GUCUGACAACCAGUGAGCACUGAUAUGAUAUCUGCUAUGCACAUCACGUCAUAGCUAUGGGGUUAUGCUAGAGACGCCAAACCUCAGGUGUUUCACAAAGCCAGCAGUGCACUUUGGCUGACAAUAACAAGGAGGCGGGGCCAUGGAGAGACUUGGGUUACUGUCAAAUGUAAAAUUACAAUAAAGAUCAGUAAAGAAUCCAGCGGCUGAUACCAGUGCCAGAGGAGCCGCAGGCAGAGGAAGCAGCAGGUGUGUUUCUUCCUGCCUGCUAACACCCCCCCCCCAACAGGGAAUUGGAAGUAAGAUGGGUAAAGAAGAAAUCUGUAAUCAAGCGGAUCGUCGCAAUCAGGAUGGACAAUUAUGGGACUCUGUGAAGAAGACUGCUUUUGUAUUAGGAACAGGGCUUCUUACCUUUGCUGCUUUUAGGAAUUCAGUGACAUGGCACCUGCAACGAUUCUGGGGGGCCUCAGGUGACUUUUGGCAGGCACAGUGGGGGAAACUGCAUGAUUACUAUGGAGGAAAUGAGCUUGCCUUGUUUUGUUUGGGUGCAAUGGUAAUUCCCAGCUUAUCGUUCUGGAUCUAUAAUGCAGUUUUGAUGUAUACCGACGUAACUGGAAAACCAAAUGUUAUCACACGUUAUCGCAUCCAGCUUGGAAAAAACAGUCCAGUGGACCCAGUCAGGCUUUGGCAUGCUGUGAAAACUGUGUUCUUUAACCAGAUCUUUAUCUCCUUACCCAUGGUCCUCCUUAUGUAUCCAUUCAUGCAAUGGCGUGGAAGUCCCUGUGGGACAGAGUUGCCCACUUUCCACUGGGUGCUCCUCGAGCUAUCGGUCUUCGCAAUCAUUGAAGAAAUUCUCUUCUAUUACUCACAUCGAUUGUUCCAUCACCCAAGUAUAUACAAACACAUCCACAAACAACACCAUGAAUGGACUGCCCCCGUAGGAGUGGUAUCAUUAUAUGCUCAUCCUCUGGAGCACAUUUUUUCCAAUAUGUUACCUUCCAUGGUGGGUCCCAUGCUGAUGGGAUCCCAUGUUGCCACCAUCAUGUUAUGGUUCUGUCUUGCACUAGUGACAACCACUAUUUCACAUUGUGGUUACCACCUGCCACUCCUCCCAUCCCCGGAGUUCCAUGAUUUUCAUCAUCUCAAGUUUAACCAGUGCUAUGGAGUACUGGGAGUGCUGGACCGACUUCAUGGAACAGACUUGGUGUUCAAGCAGACAAAGGCCUACGACAGACACGUUUUAUUACUUGGUUUCGCACCUUUGACACAAACCAUUCCUGAGACAACUAAGAAAUCACAGUAAUAGAAACGUGCCUAAAACUGACAGGAAGAACAACAGUAUUUUGCUGAGUUUGGUCUACUGCUACCUAAUUUAUCAUCAAAGUUUAUUAUACAACAUUUUGCAGUACAGUAUCUUGAAAAAAACUUAAAGGGACACUAAACCCAAUUUGUUUUUCAUAAUUCAGAUAGAGUAUGCAAUUUUAGGCAACUUUUUAAUUUACUUCUAUUAUUAAUUUUUCUUUGUUCUCUUGCUAUCUUUAUUUGAAAACAAAGGCAUCUAAGCUAAGGAGCCAGGCAAUUUUUUGGUUCAGGACCCUGGACAGCACUUGUUUAUUGGUGCUGUCCAAUCAGCAAGGACAACCCAGGUUGUGAACCAAAAAUGGGCCGGCUUCUAAACUUACAUUUUUACUUUUCAAAUAAAGAUAGCAAGAGAAUGAAGAAAAAUUGAUAAUAGAAGU